UAAAUCCAGGCCGGGGUUCCUAUUGGCCGAAUGUACAGAGAGUGACGUCAUUCGGGCAAGCUGAGACUAGGGUUGGGCUGGGAGCCGGAGCCAUUACUGCAGGAAAGGUCUCGGAGAGCCGAGCAGCCAAGAUGUGUGACUUCACCGAAGACCAGACCGCAGAAUUCAAGGAGGCUUUCCAGCUGUUUGACCGAACAGGUGAUGGCAAGAUCCUAUACAGCCAGUGUGGGGAUGUGAUGAGAGCUUUGGGCCAGAACCCCACCAACGCCGAGGUGCUCAAGGUCCUGGGGAACCCCAAGAGUGAUGAGAUGAAUGUAAAGGUGCUGGACUUUGAACACUUCCUGCCCAUGCUACAGACUGUGGCCAAGAACAAGGACCAGGGAACCUAUGAGGAUUAUGUAGAAGGCCUUCGGGUGUUUGACAAGGAGGGGAAUGGUACUGUCAUGGGUGCUGAAAUCCGUCAUGUACUUGUCACAUUGGGUGAAAAGAUGACUGAGGAAGAAGUGGAGAUGCUGGUAGCAGGGCAUGAGGACAGCAAUGGCUGUAUUAACUACGAAGCGUUUGUGAGGCAUAUCCUGUCAGGGUGACGGCCCGUGGGGCGGAGCUUGUCCGGAUGGUGCUGAAUGGCUGAAAACCUUCCCAGUAUCCCUGAGCCUGUGCCUUGCCCGGUGUGAGAUUUUUGUGUGGCCCUAGAAGCUUCCUAGGCUCCCUUGUCACAGGAUAUUUUUCCCAACUUCUCUCUCGGAUGAUGUCUGCCAUCAGCACUCACCAAAUAAAUUAGCUCUCUUUGCUCCAUUA